AUGAAACACUCUGUGGAUAAGCGUUGUCGUCGUCACAUUGUCCGCGUACCUCAACCAGGGUGCGAAUACCGUCCCAACGAAAAAUCCUUCCGAAGAUUGUCCAAAAAUAGACGUAUCACCAACGAAUAUGAACUUCGUGCAUUAUGUCCACAUAGCACAGGUCUUACCUUAAUAGAAGGAAAAGCUGCUCGUAUCGAUCACAGAGCAUUUGAUCCGGAAAAAGUUCCAGCACCAAUGGCCUACAGUAUGGUUACACCUCCAGAUUGGCCCAAAGAAAGAGAAUAUCAAUAUAUGGUGGCACCUCCUGAUCAUAGAGGUAUUGGACGAGAUUUUGAAGAUAUAUGUGCCAUUUUUUUUUUAACGCCCCAUGCAUCGUGA